CAGAUAAAGCAGCAUUGGUUUAGACACACUGUUUCCUCUUUGUCUCUGGUCUGAUACACAAUGGUUCAGUUUAAAACUCUGUCUGUGUUUCUCUGUGUCAUGGGUUUGCUCUCAGAGACUCAGAGCUCUUUAACUUUGGAGGCAGAAGCUGGAGAUAACGUCACUAUUUGGUGCCAACAUGAUCUGAAACGUCCAGAUACAAUCUUCUGGUUUAAACACACGAGUGAUUCAGUUCCACUUCUUCUUGGGUGUAAAAAGUUUUUUCCAUCAGUUCCAUCAGAGUCGUGUUACUUCUUUAGUGAGAGUGAGAGAAUAGUGAUGUCUGUUCAUGGCAGUAAAACAUCUCUCACAAUCACUGCAGUAAACGUCUCUGAUACAGGACUCUAUUACUGCAGCUUCACUGAGAGAAUGAUCUUCAGUAACUCCACAUAUUUACAAGUGAAAGCAUUAAAUAAAUCAGUUUCUGAAGACAAAGAAACAGGUUCUGUGUCUCCUGCUGUGUUCUUCAUGCUGAUUGUGGUGUUUGGUUCAGUGACUGUGUUUCUUCUCUGUGUCCUGAUCUUCAUCAUACUGAAGCACAGAAAAACACACAGAGGUGCUGAAGCAGAUGAUAAUGUAUACCUGAGUCAGAUUUAUUACAUUAAAUGUUUGAAUAAAAAAGUAUUCAACACAGUAAAAAAAAUAAAUAAACAUCUGAUUGCAUUAAUUAGCUCUCCUUCCUGAACCUGCACCCAUCAAAGAUUUCAACUUAGCUCCUAAAUGUUCCUAUAAACACCAUCAUGGCUGUUAUCUGCAAGCGGAAGCAACACGAAUCAGCCAUUAACCAGCAAUGAACAGCAACAUC